AUGACGACGACGACGAAAAGACGCGACAACACCAAAGGAAUGCUCGCUAUACUUUGUCUCGUUUUAUAUUGCUCUUUUGUUUCAGCCCUCUUUGAUGAUGAUGCGCGAGAAGAGGAAGAAGGAUCAUCGUCACAUUUCUCCCCAGGAAACGAGGAGCCGCGUGGAAUGGAUGCGCGGGAUCUGGCGAAUAAAAUCCUCUCCGGCGGUAAAACCACCGCUAAUGUUCCUCAACCGAGCGACGAUUCAAACGAAACCGAUGAUAAAGAUGAGUUUGAUGCGCAUCGCGACGCGUUCGCGUACCUCGAGACGCCGAAAUCGUUCGACGAGAGCGCGAGGGAUGAAAGCGUGGACAUUCGGAGGCACGAGGCCAUUCUGGACCACAUUUUGAAGGUUGAAGAGGAAGAGGAAAAAAUGACGGAGGAAAAGCGGAAGGAAGACGUCGAGGAGCGAGACCUUUUGCCAUCAGCAGUAUCGUCUUCGAGGAGGAGGAACGACGGAGAACUUAGGAGCAAUGCACGAGAGCAGCAUCGAUUGGACAGUCGCUUCGAGGAUUGGCUUCGUAAGUUCCCGGAACGAGCGAGCGCGUAUUGCGGCGGGAAAGAUGACGAGACGGAGGAGGCGUUUGCUGCGGAUGCUCCAUCGUCGUCGUCGGAAAAGUUUAGGUUGUGUCCUCAAUCGUUCGCGCGGGAGCGGAUUUAUCUGGAAAACCUCAGACGGGUGGAAAGGCACAACGAAGCCGUCGAGCGAGGGUGGCCGACGGAGACAAAGUUAGAGCUGAGCGUGGAUAAUCAGUUCGCGGAUUUGACGAAGAGUGAAUACGAGAGAUUGAUGAGCGAAAACGGGAUGAGGAAAAGCGAGGAGGUGACGGCUUUGAAAAACCAGCUGCCUUUUUGGAGAGACAAGAAGAACGCGGAGGAGGAGGAAGAGAUGGAAGAGGAUUUUGAAGACUCGAGCGAGAAGAACAACGUGGUCGCCACGAAGGAGAUGAAGAAGUUGACGGCUGGGUCGUACGCGAUUGCCAGUUUAGGACAAAGCUCUGAGGAGAAGAUAAAAGAUAAUCAAAGCGGUUCUUCUUCUUCUUCUUCUUCUUCUUCUUCUUCUUCUUCUAAGAAGGGUAUUUUCGGUAAAGUUGUCGAGGAAGUAGACGACGAGAAAGACCAAUCCGGACCGACGCUGGAGGAGUUGAAACAAGCAAUCAUCGACGAUGCGAACGAAAACGAAACCAUCGAAAGUGCCGUUCGCGAAGUUGGUGGUGGUUCUAUCGAAACGACUAAGAAGACGGAGAACAUUUUAUCCAGACAGUUCCCAGAAAAAGAACGCGAGGCGGUCAACGCGAGAGUUAUCAUCCCGAAGAAGAUGCAAAACGCCGCCGGGGUGAAGAAAUUUUCCCUGAGUGACAUCGAAGACGCGACGUUAGAUCCGGAAUUCGUGAAAUAUGCGUUUAAAUACGACAAAAGGUCCGAGUAUUGCGGCGACGACGACGAUUCACAGUGGCCUUGCGAAGUUGCGUUUCGAAAGCAGGACGUGUUCCUCGCCAACGUGAAGGAAAUCGACGAGCAAAAUAGACUAGCCAAGAAACGAGGAUCGCACAUGCGCAAAGGCAUCACGCGAUUCGCGGAUUUGACGCAAGAUGAGUUCGAAGACACGCACGCGACGUACGUGCCAAAAGAACAUCAAGAGGAUAAAGCCGAGAGAGAACACAGAAAGGCGAGUAAAGCGAAGAAGGAUAAAAUCGCCGCCGAGGCGUCUGCGAAAGGCGGUUCGAGAAAGUUUGGCAAACACAACCAUCACGGAUUGUUCGCGAACAAAGAAGCAGUAGUUUCGGUAGAAAACGAGAAAGAUGUUUCCGUCGUCGCGAACAAAAAGGGGGACGACAAAACGACGACGACGACGACGACCGAUUCGGUGACGAAAGAGGAAUUCGCCUCGAAAGAAGACGAGGACGAAGAAGAUCAACGACCAAAGAAGGAAGCCGGAGAAGAGGAGGAAAUCGAAGAAGAAGGGGAAAAUGUGACUUCCUCCUCUUCCGAAACGUCUUCUUCUUCUUCUUCUUCUUUCAAGAAGAAAGCUUCCAACGCGAUGUCGUCGAAUAAGAACAAGAAAACCGUCGUCGUCGUCCAAGAAGAAGAAGAAGAAGUUUCGGAGGCGGAAGUAGGAGAGAAAGAAGAACGGGACGAAGAAAAAAAGACAAGCACCAGAAAGCACCUCUCGAAAGAGCAACGCAAAGAACAAGAAGAACGCGCGAAGAAAAUGACCCCGGACGAGAUCAAGAAAGCUCGCAAAGCGAACAAGUUGAAGAACGCCAAGCAAGGCAUCGCGCGCGAGCUCCCUCAACUCGGCGAGAUCACCAAGGAUGAAAACUUGAAGAAAAAAGUCGUCGAUAAGUUCAACUUUCAAAACGAGAAGAACGAAUCAUCCGACGAGGAAGCCGAAGACAACGAGGCGUCAAACAACGUCAUCGACGUCCAAAUUCACGAGUUCAACGAUCCAACUGCGAACACGACGACGUUCAAGAAACAUUUCGAUUGGCGAAACAAAAUCGAUAUUGGUCCGGUGUAUUCGCAAGGCGCGUGUUCCGGGUGCUGGGCGUAUUCAACGGUACAAGUCAUCGCAGAUUCAAAAGCAAUCAACACCGGUACUCGACCGGAUUUGUCCCCGUAUCACUUGUUAUCUUGCGAUACGCUCGAUUCUGGGUGUCACACGGGUAACAUGGCGACCGCGUACGCGUGGAUCGGCGUCCAGCGCGACGGCAUCUUGCGCUCGAGAGAUUUCAGCACCGACAUAACGUCUGCGGAAGAGUGUCCGUUACCGUCCAACUUAGGUUCGAACGGGGAAGUACUCCCCGAGGCGCAGGCUCCGAAACCGAAAGGAAUUGGUAUCGACGGGUACUGCGAAAUCGCGCCGUUAGAAGGCAAAGAUACCAUUUUGGCUUUAAUGCGCGCGGUGAAGCAACAACCCAUCGCGGUUGGAUUGAACGUCAAACCGUUACAAUUAUACGGCGGAGGUUUAGUCCAAGUCGCCGAUUGCCCUCCCGCUUCGACGGAUUCGGUCACCGCAAUCAACCACGCCGCAGUUAUCGUCGGUUGGGGCAUGGACGAAGCCGCCAAGAAACCGUACUGGUUGAUCAAAAACUCCUACGGCGUCGAUUGGGGAGAGGACGGCUACGCGCGAAUCGCCAUGGAAUUAACCGAAGGCGGCGCCUACGGCGCUUGCGGUUUAUACUCCGAGCAAAACUACCCGUUAACCGAUGGAACCAGUUGCGCCGAAGGCAGCGAUAAGCGAUGGUCCGAAAUCCAAGGCUCCGAAGGUGACGUCUACUUGAUGCCCGAUUACGUCCUCGUCCUCCCCAACGGCGGCGGUUUGCUCACCCCGGCAAAGUUCACCGUCUUUGGCCACGACGUGACCAACUUAUUAAAGUACACCUCGGUGUUCUGUUUCGUUUCCUGCAUCGCGCUCAUCUUGAUGGAAAUCGCCCAGUGCAUCCACCCAGAAAUGGAAAACUGGGGAACCACCGCGACGAGCAAUAGUAAUACUCCCUCCUCCGGCGGCGAGCGCACUCCUCUGGACGGAAAAUCGACCGUCGAAGAGGCGCAAAAAGAGACCCUCUUGGCGAAGAACGACGACGAGAAGACGAAGAGUCACACCCUCGCUCGAGGGAAAAAGAACACCACCUACGGCACGAGCGAGAACGCUUGA